AGCGGACGGGCUCCCGGCCGGCUGCCGACCGUGCUGAGGCUGAGCCGGCCGCGGGCGCGACCGGAGGCAGUUUUUGUUACUAUGGCAAUGACGGCAGGGACUACACCCACCUUUCCUAUGAGCAACCAUACUCGGGAGAGAGUGACUGUGGCCAAGCUCACGUUGGAGAAUUUCUACAGCAAUCUAAUACUACAGCACGAGGAGAGGGAAACCAGGCAGAAGAAAUUAGAAGUGGCCAUGGAAGAAGAAGGAUUAGCAGAUGAAGAGAAAAAGUUACGUCGAUCACAACAUGCACGCAAAGAAACCGAGUUCUUACGGCUAAAGAGGACCAGACUUGGCUUGGAUGACUUUGAGUCUCUGAAAGUUAUCGGAAGAGGAGCGUUUGGCGAGGUACGGUUGGUCCAGAAGAAAGACACUGGUCAUAUUUAUGCAAUGAAGAUAUUGAGAAAGGCUGAUAUGCUUGAAAAGGAGCAGGUAGCCCAUAUCCGAGCAGAAAGAGAUAUUUUGGUAGAAGCAGAUGGUGCCUGGGUGGUGAAGAUGUUUUACAGUUUUCAGGAUAAGAGGAACCUGUAUCUCAUCAUGGAAUUUCUCCCCGGAGGUGACAUGAUGACAUUGCUAAUGAAGAAAGAUACCCUGACAGAAGAGGAAACACAGUUCUACAUUUCAGAAACUGUUCUGGCAAUAGAUGCGAUCCACCAGUUGGGUUUCAUCCAUCGCGAUAUUAAACCAGACAACCUUUUAUUGGAUGCCAAGGGUCAUGUAAAAUUAUCUGAUUUUGGUUUAUGCACGGGAUUAAAGAAAGCUCACAGGACCGAAUUCUACAGAAACCUCACGCACAACCCACCAAGUGACUUCUCAUUUCAGAAUAUGAACUCCAAAAGGAAGGCAGAGACAUGGAAGAAGAACAGGAGGCAGCUGGCUUCUCCUUUGCAGGCAUAUUCCACAGUUGGGACACCAGAUUACAUUGCUCCGGAAGUGUUCAUGCAGACUGGUUACAACAAACUAUGUGAUUGGUGGUCUUUGGGAGUGAUUAUGUAUGAAAUGCUAAUAGGAUAUCCACCUUUCUGUUCUGAAACACCUCAAGAAACAUACAGAAAAGUGAUGAAUUGGAAAGAAACGCUGGUAUUUCCACCAGAAGUACCUAUAUCCGAGAAAGCCAAGGACUUAAUUCUAAGGUUUUGUAUUGACUCUGAAAAUAGAAUUGGAAAUAGUGGCGUAGAAGAAAUAAAAGGUCAUCCGUUUUUUGAAGGUGUAGACUGGGGCCACAUCAGGGAAAGGCCAGCAGCUAUUCCCAUAGAAAUCAAGAGCAUUGAUGAUACUUCAAAUUUUGAUGACUUUCCUGAAUCAGAUAUUUUACAACCAGUGCCAAACACCACAGAACCGGACUACAAAUCCAAAGACUGGGUUUUUCUUAAUUAUACCUAUAAGAGGUUUGAAGGGUUGACUCAGCGUGGCUCUAUCCCCACCUACAUGAAAGCUGGGAAGUUAUGAAUGAGGAUCACAUUCGCCCACACCCAAGAGAACUCAGGUAGCUGCAUCACCAGGCUUGCUUGGCGUAGAUGACAAUACACUGAAUAUUCCCGAAGACGGUGGUGCUUAUCGAGUACAAGAGGAGAUUCUACAGGAUUAGGAUUUCUAAGACUACUACAGGAAUUGGUUGGCAGUGCCAGCUGGCUUUUUUUUUUUUUUAAUAUUAUUUUUGUUAACUUUAUUAUACGAAGGUACUGGAAUAAAAGGAACGCACAUCCCUUUGUAACUGCACUGCCUACAUGCGUAUUAAGGUCCAUUCUGCCUGUGUGUCCUGUGGCUUUGUACUGUAACAUUAUUAAUCAAUUCAGGAGAAACACAUAUCAUGUAAAGCACCAUAGACUCACCUGUAGGUACCGCUGCAGUGUUGCUGUUCUACUGCAAACCUUAUGGGUCUCGAUAAUCAGUAAAAGCCAUCCUUCCAUAGUUGGUGUUAGAAGAAUUGCCCUGUUGAUUUGGACUUCUAUAGAACAUAUAUGAAUUCCACUUCUGUAAUGGCUUUAAGAAAUCUUAAAAAAGGAAAUUACACUGGUUAUGUAAAACAUAAAAUAUGUGGUCAUGCUAUUACACACGCUCGACAGUAAGGAGCAGCAGGUUUCUAACAAGCAGAGGAAGUUUAACAUCUUCACUCAACCAACCCACUAAUAGAUUUACUUUGCAUUCAGAAACACUGAUGACCUUUGUAUACGUAGUCUCUAUACUCAUAGGGAGAUGUACUGUUUUCUCUAAAAUGUAAAGUUGCUUUUCUUGUGACAAGAGGAUCUCUUCUUUAAUAAGAGGACAUGACGUUAUUUUAGUUUGAUUUUGGUGAGUUGGAUUUAAGAAAUGACCAUGAAGGCUGCUUGUAGAAUUAGUGUAUUUUUAUUAAACUAUUUUUUUAUAUGUCAAACUUCUGAUCACAGAAAUGAACUUGUAAAGAACAAAGAGCUAUUUACUUUGGUUUUCUAGAAAGUUGUUACAUAUCAUGGCUUUUGUUUCUUUGGAUGAAAACUCUCCUUUGACCGUCCUUGUCUUACUAUGCCAUUGUUUCUUACACUCCGAUGCACCAAAGAUCUUGAGCAGAGUGGAUGUUCGCACUGAGUGGGCCUCUGCUUGCCUGGGGGAAUGCUGUGUUCACCGUGGCAUCUUUGACCGAGGUCCGCUUACUCCAGGGCAAUAUUGUUCAUGCUUAGCUUCAUCACUGUGGUCUAUGUCGGUGGACUUAAGGAAGCAAAUGCAGUCCCGAGGGGUUGUGAUAAAGGGGUAGGGGAGAGAAUGCCAGCAUUACAUUUUUGGGAUAUAUCCCUGAGAACUGGAUAAUCUUUUCCAAGUCAACACUUUAAUUCUAAAAUGAUUCUCUGGAGGUUUUGGUUUCAAAACUUCUAAUUGAAUUAAUAACUUUAUCAAAGAAUGGCCUAAUAUUUGUCUUAACUGUUGAUUGAGACAAUUCAUUUUAAAUAUAGCAUUUAUAACCAUUGCAAAUGACCAGACUAGGAAGCGAUGAUUGAUUCAUAGGAAUGUUCUUCUUCAUUGGGAAGAAUAGUACAGGAGCAUUAUGCAAAACUACAAAAGCUUUCCCAAACGCUGCUGCUAGGUAGCUCCACGAAGUUCCAAUAAGGCCAUUGAGGGUUUUCCCCUCAUUCCUUUUUCUUUAUCUUCUUAGGUGUUUGGGUUUUUCCUUUUGUUUUUGAGUACUUAUGUGUUUGCUAAAUAUUUCAUCUCUACAUUUCUCCAUUAGGUCACGUGGCUGAGUAUUUAGGGGAGAGCUGUUAAAAUGCUUAGAUAAUUUCAAUUAGACUAACUCUGAGUUUUCUAGUUACCACUGCCUUUAAUUUAAAAAGUACCUACAACAUCUGCCAGGUUUUACCAGUUUCUCCGUACUCACCCCUUUUUAAAAAAAGACAAGUGUUGUUAAUGUGAUAGUGCACGGUAAGGGGUGAGGACAAGCUGAUAGAAGAGCUGGGUUACCUAAGCGCCCUUUUUAUUUGUAUGGAAGUUGAGCGUCUUUCUGUUACCAGGAAGGACUUGGGAACACGUGGGCUAUCCUGGCAGUGGAAGAAUCGUUCUGGGAAGUUGGCUUUGCUUAGAGUCUCGUUUUCCCCUGGAGUUAACAGGGUGAUUCACAAUCUUUUGGGGUUCUCUCCUCAGAAACAUUUGUUAAGUGCCUACCUAAAAGCAAUUAAAGACUGUGUCUGCCCUUUGGAAGUUAAGAAUUUGAUUAAUGAUGCAAACUAACUAGAUAAUUUGCAAAGUACCCUUGAGAUUGAAUUUUCUUGAUUAUACAUUUCCCAUAUUUCAGGUGAACCAUUUAAUUUAAAUAACACAGCCCUAUCUAAUCUAUUGGGUAAAAUGACAUUUUCGUUAAAUUGGACUCUAUUUUGAAUUAAGAGUUUUAUUAUAAACUGUUUUUGGUUUUUCUAAGUACAUAGGAAGCUUGUAUAACUCAGAUUUAUUGAUUUCCUGGUUUAAUGUACACUGACUUUUUUAUUAAAAAUAUUUGUAUUAAAGCGU